AUGGAGGUGUAUUCCUGGGGAAGCGGCAACUAUGGCCGACUGGGGCUCGGAAGUGGAGCUGACGCCGCGCGACCGCAGUUGGUCAGUGGCGUGCUCAACGGCUACGAAGUGGUGGGCUCUGCCUGCAGCUGGUACCAUUCUGCAGUUGUUACUUCGACUGGAGAUGUGGCCACAUUUGGAUCAAAGAUCUCCAAAUGCCUUGGCACGGCGGCAAGCGGUAGCGACGUGUCAGAUGGGGCUGCAGCAUCCGACCACUCGUUGCAAGGACUUGAUAGCGAGGGGGAAGACGAGAUUGCAUCUGUGGGACUGAAGGCCAUGCCUCGUGCACGCAGAGGUGACCGACGCUCGCGGGACCCGCUCCAUUCCAAAGGAAUCGGCCGCAGCACCAGCGACUUCGUCCCACACCUCCUCAGGUCAUUUCCGUCCAGGGUUAACGUUGUUCAGGUGGCAGUGGGCAGCGACAUGCUUGGUGCCCAUACACUGGCUGUUUCCAGAAACGGCCGAUUGUACAGUUGGGGCUAUGGCCCCGCCUGUGGCCUCGGCAGCACUGCCAACGUCAGCACGCCGACUUUGGUUACCAAGUUCCUCGGCACAGGUGCAGGCGAGGGUGGCAGUGGCCGCAUGAGAAAGCAGGAGAUGGAACCACUGGGCUGGGGGAAGCACUCCCAUCUACGGUAUCGACAAAGACCGUCGAACAAGCAUUUGGGGCUGCAAUUGCUCAGGCCAAAAAUCGCGAAAGCUAGUUGUGGCGGAGGUUUCAGUGUCGUCAUGAGCACGGAGGGUGAGGUGUUCACCUUUGGAGUCAGUGCCAGCGGCCGACUGGGAUUUCGAACAAAGUUUCGAGCGCAGCUCCGCCCGCGUCGUAUUGAGACUCUGGCGGAGGGCACGAUCGACAUUGCGGCUGGUGCAGCCUUCGUCCUCCUCUGCUCCGCUGCGGGGAAGCUGCUGUCUUGGGGUGACAACAGCAAGGGGCAGCUUGGAGUGGGACACCUGCAGGAAUCGCAUGAGCCGUUAACACUGAGUCGCGCCUGUCCGGCGGCAUUCGUCAUGCAGGCUGUUGCCGCUGGAGACUCACAUUCGCUUGCUCUCGAUUCCGCUGGGAGAGCUUAUAGCUGGGGCGGCGAGGGUGGUCCUAUGACAGGACAAGGCCAACCGGUUCCAAACUCGACACAAGUGGAUGCGGCAUUCCAGUUCCGACUGCGGCAGUUGUCUCACUGGUGGGUGAGGCCGUACCCCAUUCGAGCACUGGUUGGCAUCCGCAUCGUGCACGUGGAUGCGGGCUGCCUCCAUUCCUUGGCAUUGUCGCAGGACGGGGCUGUGUAUGCCUGGGGCGCUCCACUUCAGGCUGGUACCUCCCAGAACAACAGCACUCUGAAGGGCACACGUUCGCAGGUGUCUUGGAUUCCGCGGCUCGUCGCCCCGAGCCCGAAGCUUCCGCUGGUGCGUGUGGGAGCCGUGGCAGCUGGAGGUUGGCAUUCGAUUGCCACGGCCACACCUGCCAGUCCGCUGGACAGGCUGCUUCCAGCUGACUGGUCUCAGGAGAGAGACGAGGACGGCGUCGCCACGAACCAGGCGACAUCCCUGGUGGACUUCUGUGACGGCUUUCUUGUCUCGGAGAAAGACUCCACCCCGGAGGAAGAGGCACGAAUACCUGUAUGCUGCACUUCAAUUCGUGCUCGACUGGCGAUGCCGGAUGGCACGGACUCUCCUGUGUGGCGUGCAUUGUCGGCGCAGGUGGUCCGUCUUCGCCCCGAGUCCAUUGCCAUCUUUAGCCCAGAGGCUGCAGAGAGAGAGGAAGAGGAUACGGGCAGCGAGUCGGGCGGAUUGCUCGAACUUGUGGAAAUGCAUCGGUCACGCCAGAGGAGCGUGGCCCAAAGAAAGCAUCCAACGACUGCCCAAAACAGUGAUGCCGACGAAGCGGCUGGGUUGGCGCUGAAUCCUCUGCCUACGGGGGCUCUGCAGAAACCCAAGGUCAAGACCGGGGCCUCGAGGAAAAAGCCAGUUCCAACAUUCAGCUCGGAUUCUGACUCAGGCAACGGUGGUGUUGCGAGAAGAGAAUUGCGAAGCAAGAUGGCGGCUUCACGGCCUGCUCCACAAGUGUCAGUGCCAAAGCGAACAGUUCCGGAUUUCAGCUCCGAUGACAGUGCGUCUGAAGAGGAGCUACUACCCGAUGAUGUAGUCACAGCUGCGCGGAGUCCUCCUGCGCGCUCGGAUGCUACGUCUGCAUACGGAUCGCCUGCAGCAAGCGCUGCAGCGCGAUCGCGUCAGCCUGUCGUGGGCCAUCAGGGGCCCGCUUCAUCAACGCUUAGCGGCUUGGAGCUACGAAGCUUUGGUGAAGCAGUCUUAGCAGCGCUCGUUCGUUAUUUUUGUACGAACACGCUUCGCAACAUCGAAGUUAUUGAUGAGUCUCACCCAGCAUGGCAGAGGGAGCAGCAGCUUCGGUUGCGGCAACAUGGGUCCAACCCCGAGGCUGCAGAGGAGUCUCUGCGCCCAACGCGUUUGCGAGCGGCACGCGGGCUGCUUUUGCGGCAGGAGGUGCGUGACUUGCGGCACAUCGGUGUCUGCUUGGGCAUAGAGCGCCUGGCGCGGCUCUGUGAUCAGCUGCUGCUGCGCAUGGACGCGCCGGGUGCACCGGCCCUUUUUGUGCCGGCUUCUUCCAUUGGGACGGCGAUGUGGACACUGCUGCAGCAAACCCUGCGGCCUCCAGAUCGCGAUGGCCCAGACACAGACCUCUUGUGCGCGCCACCCGGGCCGCGCAAGCAUCAUUGGGGCCCUCGAUGGCUGCCUGCAGAUGGGCACCUGCAAGCCCAUGCGUUCGUUCUCUGCGCUGGCUGCUGCAAUCUGCACACGGAGCAGAGGUCGGCUGAUGGACCCGCAGAGCUCGCAGGAGGUGGUCGGCUUGGCCAACGAGCAUCCGACACCUCUGACACCAUGCCGAAACUUCGACUGCGCCGGAGGGACGGAGGAGGUGGAGGUGCACCGACUUAUGAGUUGGACCUGCAAGAGUAUCCGGCAGAUGUCGUCUUUGCUUGGCUGCGGUACCUGUACACCCAGGAUGACUUGGAGCUCACUUGGCCCCUUCGGCACAAUCGUCGAAACAGGGAGGAGGAGGCACCGCCCGAGAUGUGGUGGAUGCAGCUGCUGCACCUGGGGCGCCUGGUCGGAGACUGGAAGCUCCAAGUCUACGCGCAGGUGUACUGUUUUCCACGGUUGAGGUUCAGACUAGACUAUUUGUUUGAUUCUGAGCCUGUGCCGUGCUAUGGCAGAGACAACGAUCACGAUAUGGAGUUCUGCCAGGUUGUUGCAGAAGGUUUCCCAUCGCUCUGCGCGUCUUGGACCGUGUUGCCUGGAGAUCGGGUGGCCUUGGCUGGCCCAUCAGGGUGUGGCAAGAGCCUGCAAUUGGACAUCAUUGCCAAGAAGGCCUUGAUCGCCUCCGGGCACAUCACCUUUGCGCCGGCGGUCCGGCGCCUGGCUCUCUGCCGCAGAGGCCUCCAAGCUCGAGCCACUGCAGGAGAUGUGCGAACCGUCCGAGAGUGGCUCCUUGAGGAUCGAGAGCUUUCAGAGUGUUCCCUGGUUGAGGUCACUGAGAGUCCGGAGGAGCAAGAGCCGGAGAGAUGGCUGCAGCGCCUGGGCGUCGCCGGCUUGUCGGACUGUGCGCUCAGCGAUUUAUCGGCCACGGACGCGGUGAAAGUUGGAAUUACCCGCCUGGCCAUGUGGCAUCCGAACGUUUUGUUGCUGGAUGAUGUGACUGAUGACUUGAGCGGAGAAGCUUGCGAGUGCCUGGAGGCUUGCUUGACAGCAGAUCCACCAAUUUUCGAAACAAUCCUCGUUGCCUCCCGCGACCGUACUUUCAUGGACAACGUGUGCAACAAAGUCAUUGCCAUUCAUGCAGGUGCGACGAGGGUUCUGAACGGCAUCUACACCAAAGCAUACUUAGCCGGCGGGGACUUCCUUCAUUUUCGCCGAUUUAGCUUGUGGCAGCCAAAGUCAUCAGGACUUCGGGCUACGCAGGCUGCUUGUGCUUUUGCUUCGUUGAUAAGCCGCUCUCUCUGCGGCGAAAACACCUCUGACCUCACGGGACUGACACUCGUUGAUGUUGGAACUGGAACAGGGGUCCUUGCGUUGAUCCUGGCUCAAGAGUGGGAAAAGGCGAGGGGCAGUUUGAACCACCUGCGGCUACAUAUCUAUGCGCUGGACAUCGAUGAGACUGCCGUGCGCAUUGCCGCGGCCAAUUUCUCAGCGUCCCCAUGGGCAGCGAACAUGUGCCCACCCUUCUACAGCUCUCUGGAGCGCUGGCAGAUGGACCAGAUUGCCACGCAAGAGCACCCGAUUGUCUUCGUUUGUAAUCCGCCUUAUGACGACGAGAUCCUCAAUGCACGUACAGGAACUGACAACGAGAAACUGUCUCGAAGACGGGCCCUGGAGCGCAGCUUUCUGCCACUGCAUGUGCUAUGCAGUACUGCUCUGCGACUUGGCUGUCGGUCGCUGUGGAUUCUGUGGGGAAAUGCAGAAGAUGCACCCGUGCUGGAGGCUGCUUCACAUACCGGAUGGCGGGUCAUUCAGCAGGUAAGAUUCCAACGCAGCGUCCAUGCAACCGGGCCCUUUGCAACAGCGUGGCAACUGUGCUCUCACUCGGACUUCUGUGCCAAAGGAGCACCUGCCUCGGAGACGGUUUUCUGGUAUGACAUUAGCGGAGCUCCGUCUGAUGCAUGGUGGGAACUUGUAGGUGCAUUGUACUAUUGGCGGCUGCGAAAAAUGAAGCGGGACACGCUCGUGGGAGCGCUUACAGUCCACAAUUGGGCGGAAAUGGCAGCGUUUGCUGAGCAGGUCCAAUGCACCGUGCUCCUGGAAGCCGCCCUGAUGUUGGGACUGCGACAGCUCCUGCCGCAUUUGCUGGCAUCGUUUGCGGUCCCAACGGGUUUGGAGGGCCCUGAUCGCAAGGUGCCGGAGCAAGGGGACACCCUGCAGCCCGAGCAGGCAGCCGGUGUCCCAUCGAGCGGCAGCGUGGAGGUGGAGCUUGAACGGAAGCUGCUGGACCUACGAGGAAGUCGACAAGCGGCCACUGCCAAGGCGUCGCUUCUCAUCCUGCAGAGGAGCAGCCCUUCGGGCUUUUCCGAGCUCAAGACACGACUGGCGGAUUCAAUUUCUGCUGCCCAGAAAUCCGGUGCACAGCUUCAACGCUGUGUGAAUUACUUCGAUUCGCACGAGCAGAGAGGCUUUCGGCGAGACGAGGGGAGAGGCAGUGCCAGAUGGGAACUUGGUGCAGCUGUGCUGGGCUUAAGCAUCUUCCUGCUGCCAGCCGGAGCAAGGCAAACAAUGUAUGGUGGCUUCGUCACCGUGCUGGAGCCGCUUAUGGCUACUGCUUCCUUUGUGGACCUUGGGUCAUACCUCUCCCUCGGGACAGAGGUGCAGCGGCUUUAUGCCUUGAACAUCCUUGUCUUGAUCGUGUUGGUGGGGGUGGACGAGGACACGGGCAGUUACUUGGGGUCGAUCAUUAUGAAGGUUUGUUGUUUUCUCUGCCUUGCAAAGGUAGGCCAGUGCCCAAGCCAGCGUUGGGAGGUGUUCGCAGCCGUCGACAGUGUGACGUGCGUGGACCAGUUCCCGGAUAAUGAUUUUCGCUCCAGGACAUUCCAAGUUGGUCAUGAUGUGCAACACUGCCUGUCGCUGGCCUGGCCCGUCGGCUUCCGUUCCAACAGUGGCGCGGCCCAAGAUGGAGCCACGCUGAGCUGCUGCCGACGAAGGACGUUGAUGCCUGAUGUCGCAGAGGCUAUUUGCAUCGACUCGGAAGAGGAGCCUCUGCAGCCCCAGCCGAAACGGAAGAGAAAGAGGAAGCAAAAUGCGCCUCAGAUUGCAAAGGAGCCGGUCGUGCUUCCAAGCUGCAUCGACUUGGAUGUGGAGGAGAAGGAAGCUGGUGGAGAUCAACCAGUAGGUGCCAGCGGCGAGAAGGUGCGUGAGCAGCCUGUUCACGUCGUGCAAGCCGUCUGUUUAUCAUCUGAUGAGGAGGGGCCCGCGCUGCCCAAGCGCAGCCAGGAAGAGGCCGCACGUCCGAGCGCGGCAGAGAGCGAGCUCGAACAACGGGCUCAGGACCUGGCCGAUGUGGCGCUGCAGAACCUUGCACCCGCUGCACGAGCAGCGCGGUUGGUCAAGGUCAAGCACAGCAUUCUUGCUCGCCUGAGAAGUCAAGCAGAGACGGGCAGUCUUCCGAGCCUUCCAGAUCCGAAUCCUCGCAGUGUGCUUCCAGAAGAAGCGCCAGUGCCAGUGCCAGUGCCACCGCCUCCGCCGCCGGAGGAGCCCAAGCCCUUGGCCACACAGCCAUAUCCGCAAAGCAAUGAGCUGAUCCAGCAGAAGCAGCGCCUGCAAGACUGGCUGGAGCGAAACCAGGAAAGGUUGCAGCAAAGGCUGUUUCGAGCAGAGCAGCAGCGCCUGGAGGGGGCGCGGUUGCGCGAGGAGGCAAGGCAGAAGCGCAAGGCUCUGUGGACCACGCCGGAAGCUGAAAAGGCCGGAAGCGAAGCAAAAGAUGGCAGGCUCACAGCAAAUGGCUGGGAGAGCAGCCAGUUUCACAACAGCAAGGAGCGAACGAAGUUUCUUCGCUUGAUGGGCGGGCAGAAGUUUGUGGAAGCCGCGAAAGCUCUGGAGGCUGGAGUAGAUGACGACCAGGUCUUUGAGCUGAUUGCAGGGGAGUGGGUUCAAGCGAAGGAUGACGAAGAGGAAGAGGAGUUUGAAGUCAGCGCCGAUGCGCCCACGGUCGAGCUGUUGGCAGGAGAGUGGGUGGACGUCGGCGCAGAGGCGAAGGCCUCACCUGCACUUGAUCACCAAGACCGGGAACAAAACCUGGAAAGGCAGUUCCUCGACGGGAUGUCGAGACAGCUAGGCGAGCGACGCCUUGGGCUUGGUCUGUUCAUGAUUGGAUUGAUGUUCGCAAUAUGCCGGACACAGCAGGAGCAGCCACAGGAUGCGAAGUUGUCACUUGCUUUAACUCGCCGCCAUGCUUUAGAAAGCCUAGAGCUUCCAAUGGGGGCUAUUUGCACACGGCUCGAUGUCGUGUCACUAGCUGCUGAGUACACUCAACAGGACUUCUCCAGCCGGCCCAGUUCAGCACCCAAGUUCCAAUGCGGACAGGACUGCUCACACGGCCAAGGCUGCAGCACGUGGAGUGUCUUGUUGCGCCAUGAUGACUUCCACGACGAGGCUGCUGCGCCAAGUGAAUCUGACUGGGCGGUCGCACCGACUCACCAUCACUUUGCCAUCUUGCACGGGUCACCAGGACGGCCAGUCUCCAGCUGGCGGAGUCGUUACAUUCUUGGGCGUGAGCUGGGCUCCGGGCAGACUGCCAGUGUUUUCGAGGCCUCGGCGGCUCCCAACGACGCUGUGCCGCCUCCGAGUCCACGCCCAGGCGACGAGAGAUGGGGUGGAUCAAGCCCUUCCAGUUCUCCUGGGCGGAAGGUAGCGUUAAAGCGUUUCCACCGACAGCGAACUACCAUGUUCAAGGUGGAGCAAAAGGCUCUACUGGCAUCCGGCGUGCACCCCAACGUGAUCAGGCUGCUUGAAAGCUUCGAGGGGGGGAACGAAGAGGAUGCCAUCGUACUGGAACAUUGUGAAGGUGGAGACAUCUACGAGCUCUAUGCGUCAAGCAAAGGGGGCUGCAUGGAGGAAAAGUUCGUCGCGCAAUUGAUUCACCAACUGCUGCAAGCGUUGCAGCACCUGGUGGAGCGGGGCAUCGAGCAUCGCGAUGUAAAGCCAGAGAACCUGCUGUUGUAUGCUGGCCAAGAAGCAGAGAAGAAGCAACAGGCACCGCUCAUCAAGCUAGCCGAUUUUGGCUGGGCUGUGAUCGUGGAUCGGCCUGCGCCGCCGCCACACAUCCCUGCAGAGGGGGUCGGAUCGCUGUGGUACGCGCCGCCGGAGCUGAAUCCGCCGGUGAAAGGAGCGGAGAUCGUGAGUGACGAGCUUCAUGCAGGUAAGAGCGACAUGUGGAGUGUUGGCAUCAUCGCUUACCUCCUUCUGACUGGUCACAGCCCUUUCAACAAGGCGUUGGUUCUCAAGAAUCCUGAGAAAAGAGAAGCAGAGGUGAUUCGAUUGGCGGCCUUUGGUGACAUCAAUACGUCUACGAAGGCUUGGAACAUGGAUCUGUCUGCUGCGGCUCGGGAUUUUAUUCUUGCCCUCGUUCGGCCAGAUCCGGCAAGACGAUUGUCGGCAUCAGCUGCCCUCCACCAUGCCUUCAUUGCUACAGCAUCCCCUCCAGACCUUUGCGGAAACUUCAGGCUUUGUGCGCACCAGGCACUGCUCGAGAAUGUGCCCAUGAGGUGGAACGGAAUGGACAUCUUGCAGCGCCUGUGUUGGCUUGCGAUUGCGAGAGCCGUCGCCGAGCCUGAGCUAAUGGCCGUGGAUCGCAUGCAGGAUUUCGUGCGCAACGAGGGAAGCCGUGCUGGAUAUGUGGAACGGCUGGCCAUGGAAUUGGUUUCUGUGGCAUCCCCUUCCUGGUUCACCUCGCAGGCUGUGUGGACGGAUGUUCUGUACCUCGCUUUCUUGUACCUGGACGUGGACUGCGAUGGAUUGCUGAGCUCGGAUGACUUGAGUGUUCAUCUUCCAGGCGACCGCCGUUCGCGGGAGUCCUGGCAUGCGUCUAUGUGCAAAUGGCGCAACCAGCAGGUGCCGUCACCAAGCCAGUCCACGUUCUUGACAUUUUCGGAUUUCCGCGAGGCUGUGUGCUCGGCUGCCAUAACAUCCUAUUUCCCUCCGCUCGAGAGCCAUCCGCCUAGUGCUGGAGCGGCGUCCUGUGAUGUGGCUUGGCUUCAGCGCAUGGAAGCCAUCGAGGAGGUGUGUCGAAGGUUCGCUGACGCAGAGAUGCAGUAG